CUAUGACUCUUUGGCCCCGCCCCUACGGACGCAUGCUUGGAAGACAUGCGCUUUGCGGCAAAGUCCUCCUUUUCUCCACACACGCUUCUAAGCCUCGGCACAUCUCCUCACAUCGCUACUAACUACACUUUAUUCAUCCUCCGUGUCAGGAUAAACUCCACUCGUCUCAGCCAAAUUUGGAGAUUAUUAGGCCCGCUUAGCUUGAUAGUUGUUUGAGCGCGCCAAUUAGCUUAGCAUGCUAGUUAGCUUAGCUUGUUAGCCGCUAACAAAGAGACGCGGAUUUGAUCAACACAUCGCUUAGUUAAGAUCAAGUGUGAGUGUAAAGUGUUGUGAUUGUGUGAAAAUGUGCGAAAGAACGAUAGCAAAGUAUGAGGAAGAACUUUGUUGUGUGAAAAUGUGUGAAAGAACGAUAGCAGAGUACAAAGAGGAACUUUCUCGGACAAAAGAAGAGAACGAGAGACUACGUCAACUAUUGGAAGCUGUUUUCAAGAAACCUCAAGUUGUGUUACACAGAACAGACCUCAAUAAAGAACAUCUUCCUCAUGAGCAGGAAGAAGAGCCACAGCCCCACCACAUUAAAGAGGAAAAAGAGGUACCACAUUCCCAACACAUUAAAGACGGAGGAGAGGACCCACAGCCCCCCCACAAUAAAGCGAAACAUGAGACGCCACAGACCCAUAAUGUUAAACUGACCCUUCACAAUAAAAGGCAAGCGGAGGACCCACUGAUCUUACACAUCAAAAAGGAAGAGGAGGAUCCACUGACCCCUCACUUUAAGGAGCAAGAGAACCGACUGAACCCUCACAUUAAAAAGGACGAGGAGGACCCACUGACCCCCUGCUUUAAAGAGGAAGAAGAGGACCAAGAGCCGCCGCACAUUAAAGAGGAAGAGGAGGAAGAGGGCAUCAGUCAGCCUAAAUGGUUGGAGGAGUUCCCAGUGACUGGUGUCCCUGUGAAGAGUGAAGAUGAUGAGGUGAAAGGUGAAAGUGAGGAGAGGGGAGGGGGGGAGCCUCCAAGCAGCAGCUCAACACAACACAUGACAACAGAAGCUGAUGGAGACCACUGUGGAGGAUCACAAGCAGACAAGCUCUUAGCUCCACUAUCAGAUAGUGAGGACACAACGUCACACUCUCCUGACACUGAUGAUGAAGACUCUAAAGAUGAUAAGACAUGUCACACUGACAACACUCACUGCACAUCUUCUCACUGUCACAAAACUUUUAAAAACCGUCGUAGUCUGAAAAGACACAUGAGAACACACACUGGAGAAAAACCUUUUUCAUGUUCAAUCUGCGGUAAAGAUUUUACUCAGAGGCCAGAUUUUAAAGUACACAUGAGAACACACACUGGUGAAAAACAUUUUUCCUGUUCAACCUGUGGUAAAGGUUUUGCACACAGUAGCAAAUUGAAAAGACACAUGAGAAUACACACUGGUGAAAAACCUUUUUCCUGUUCAAUCUGUAGUAAAGGUUUUACACGAAGUCAGAGUUUGAAAGAACACAUGAGAACACACACUGGUGAAAAACCUUUUUCCUGUUCAAACUGUGGUAGAGUUUUUACACGAAGUCAGAGUUUGAAAGAACACAUGAGAAUACAUUCUGGUGAAAAACCUUUUUCCUGUUCAACCUGUGGUAAAGGUUUUGCACAUAGUAACAAAUUGAAAAGACACGAGAAUACACAAUGGUGAAAAACCUUUUUCCUGUUCAACCUGUGGUAAAGGUUUUGCACAUACUAACAAAUGGAAAAAACACAUGAGAAUACACACUGAGGAAAAACCUUUUUCCUGUUCAACCUGUGGUAAAGGUUUUACACGAAGUCAG